UAACACAAGUCAGUCAAUACAGUCUAUGAGUCAAUGAGUCUGUUAUUAGUUGAUUGACUGACAGUUAGUUUAAUGUAUGAGUUGUUUGUAAACAUGAAUCAAAUGAUUGACAUUUGAAAUGUUAUAUCACUUAAUGGUAUCUAUAGUUGUGAUACACAUUGUAGACAAUCAUCAACUGUCACUUGUGGCACAUCCAACACAUCCAACACAUCCAACAUAUCCAACAUAUCCAUCACAUCGUCUCUGUUCACAUGAACCGCCGUCACCUCAUGAGGUUAGCCAUAUUCAUCUGGAGGACAGGCAUGUAAUCCAUAAGCGCAAUACAGACCAACCGUUACGGAUCAAAGUCUUCUACGACUCGAGUGUCCGAAGGAUUCCUAUCGAGAAGUUUAUGAUUAUUAAUAACACAGUUCUACCUCAAGCUCUUGACUAUUGGCAGAAAGCAUUGAAUGUGAAACCACUUCACGUCCCAAUUAGACUCAAUCGCAAAUGUCCCAACAAUCAGGCAUUCUUUCCCAACUCAGAUCCUCCUCAUCAGUACUGUGUUGACAGAUGUGAAAACAUUACUACUUGUGGUGAAGUGAUUGUUCCAGAAGAUCACUUAGAGGUUUGUCGCGUUUGUGAUAUUAACGGAAGAAAAUGUAAAAUAUUUAGCGAAAAUAACAAUUGGCCUGAAAUUGGAAACGGCAUUAAAGAUACUGAUUUUGUUUUCUAUGUGUCUGCUAUGCAGACAGAUAGGUGUAAUAAAGGACAUACUGUUGCUUAUGCGGCUCAUUGUCAACAAGAAGCAGCUCUCGACAGACCAAUUGCUGGUCACGCAAAUCUAUGUCCAAAUUCAAUAUCAACAAAACCACAGGAUUUGGAAACAUUAUUAUCAACUGUAAAACAUGAGAUUCUUCAUGCGUUAGGGUUUUCAGUCUCUCUUUACGCAUAUUUUCGCGACAAAAAUGGCGAACCUUUAAGUUCUCGAGGAAGAAAUGGCAAACCUGUGAUUAGCCGUAACCUAAAAGCUCCGCAAUGGAGUGAUAAUAUAAUUAGACAAAUAGAUAGACUCGAUUGGAAAGUUCGUAACGGAUCUGUUAGAAAAACUAUUCAUAUGAUUGUUACGCCUAAAGUUGUUGAAGAAGUUCGCAAACAUUUCAAUUGUUCUGAACUCGAAGGGGCAGAACUUGAAGAUCAGGGCGAAGAUGGCACUCAUUUGACUCAUUGGGAAAAAAGAGUUUUUGAAAAUGAAGCCAUGACUGGAACUCAUACACAAAAUCCCGUUUAUUCUCGAAUUACUUUAGCUCUUAUGGAAGAUACCGGUUGGUACAUCCCUAACUAUGAUAUGGCCCAACCACUGGAAUGGGGCAAAAAUCUUGGCUGUGAUUUUGCUCAGAAAAGUUGCAAACAUUGGAUUGACUUUAGACGCUCCAGAGGUGAUAGUAUUCAUCCAUUUUGUGAUAAAGUCAAGAGAGAUCCGUUAGAAACGGAGUGCACCGAUAAUAGAGAUGCUGUGGCGUUAUGUAAUCUAAUGGAAUAUUCAUCAGAUUUAUUGCCUAAAUUCCAAAAUUUUGAUUACAUUCCCAGUGUUAUCAAUCGAGAUGACACUUCAAGAUAUGGCGGUUCCGUAAAUUUAGCAGAUUUUUGUCCCUAUAUACAGGAGUUUACCUGGAAAUUGAAUGAUGUGGUGGUUCGCGGAUCCAAAUGUCUAUACCAAGAGAAUAAUCCAAUACCUGAUAAAAAUUUUGCGCUCGAAUAUUAUGGUUCAAACUCCAAGUGCUUCAAUCAUAACCACCAAAUGUGGGAAGAGAGGAACUGUCAUCAGGUUAGACAAUGGCAGCACUGGGGCAGUGGUUGCUAUAAAUAUAAAUGCGAUGACGGCUUAUUACAUGUGCUGAUAUUAAACCAAACAUAUACCUGUUAUUAUGCCAAUCAACCACUCAAAGUACAACUCUAUGCAAAUGAUUGGCUGCAUAUCGGGACUAUUAUAUGUCCUCCUUGUCAACAGGUUUGUCAGCAAUGUACUUCUGAAAUGACUACUAAUGAGAUUCGUAAGAUUGAGAAGAAUAUAAAAUCAUAUAAAAGACAUUAUUUAAAGUGUUGUAGUGAUCGACUAAAUACGCCAAAUGAUAUAUCUGUGAUUUGUUUAAUAGUAUUAAGUUUUAUAAUCCAUGUUCACAAUCAAAGUCGACCAAUAAUUUGAUUGUUUUUAUAUCAUAUAAAUGUUAUUUUAAUGUUUUUUGUUAUUUAAAUCAAAUAAUUAUUUAAAU